AUGAAAACCAUAGCAAGCACACCACCCACAAAUUCAAAAGGCUACACACGUCAAAAAGCAUCCGGAAAACUCUGGGCUCGCGAACGAAUCUCUCUAUUCCUUGACAAAGACACUUUCCGCGAAGUGGGCGCGGUGUCGGGAACAAGUACCUGGAAGACCUCACCAACGAACCCGUUUCAAGAGAAUGUCGAAAACUUUGUCCCUAGCAACAAUCCUCAAGGAUUUGGAUUUAUUACAUGUCCGAGAAGCAAACAAAGUCGACGCGUUUAUAUCACAGCAGACGAUUACGCCAUCAGAGCUGGCCACGCAGAUGGCUCCAGUCACCUCAAAACCCUCUACGGCGAAGAAACAGCCCUAAAACUCAAAAUCCCAGUCGUAAAACUGGUAGACGGGUCUUCGGGAGGUGGCUCAGUGACGACCAUAAAACAACAGGGAUGGUCUUAUUUACCACCGUUGACGAGUUUUCCGGCUGUGAUCAAGCAGUUGGAUGCAGGGAUUCCUAAUCUAGGUGCUGUGGUGGGCCCGGCUAUUGGGCUUGGUGCUGCCAGAGUGGUGUCCAUGCAUUUUUCGGUCAUGGCUGCUGAUGUGGGGAGUUUGUUUAAUGCUGGUCCUGAUGUAGUUGCCAAAGCGACUUUUGAGGAAGGGCUGACUUUGCAAGAUUUGGGUGGUCCGGAGGUGCAUUGUCGCAAUGGCACGAUUGACAAUCUGGCUCCUAACGAGGCAGCUGCAUUCGAGCAACUGAAAACAGUACUGGGAUAUCUUCCUGAUUGCGGAGAUUUGCAGGCCCCUCCUGUGCUGGACGAAAACUGGUCUGGGGAUACUGUGGACAGAGAAGACAUCAAUCUCCGCAGCAUAAUUCCAAGAAAACAAGGCCGAAUGUACAACCCCUACACCAUCAUAACCUCCGUCGUCGACAAAACCUCCUUUUUCGAAAUCGGACGUCUCUGGGGCACCACCGCCAUCGUGGGUCUCGCACGUCUUGGUGGCCGCCCCGUAGGCAUCAUAUCCAACAACUGCGAGUCCUCGACCGGCGGCGCCCNNCUCGACCCCCUGGGUAGCCAAAAGCUCACCCGCAUGAUAAAGUUCUGCGACGUGUUCAAUUUGCCAAUCGUCCAAUUCGUGGAUAUCCCAGGCUAUGCAAUAGGAACAGCGGCAGAAAGAGGAGCAACCAUGAAAUGGGGCGUAGAGCUUGCAAAAGCUUACUACGCAUCCACCACACCCAUAUUUUCUGUGGUGACGAGAAGGUGUUAUGGUAUUGCAGGUGGUGUGAUGAUCGAUUCGCGAUCACCGAGAUCGUUGGUGGCGUGGCCUAGUGGAGAAUGGGGGUCUCUGCCGCUGGAAGGAGGGAUCCAAGUUGCUCAUCGGGCUGAGCUGGCUGCGAUUGCAAAGAAAGAAGGGGAAGAGGCGAUGAAGAAGAGAUAUACGGAGUUGGACGCAGAGUAUCGACGCUUGAUGAAUCCGGUCAGAGCGGCGAAUGCUUUUGGUGUCGAACAGAUUAUUGACCCGAAGGAUACGCGGAGUGUAGUAUGUGACUGGGUCAAAGAUAUGUAUGGUCUGAUCAUGAUUGAUAGGCUCGAAGAUCGUAAGGCAAGGAGGAUUGUGCCGACUUUUACUUAG